AGAGAGCGAGACAGACAGAAAACACACACCAGCCUUUCCUUCUUACUUUCCCACCAUGGAAUAGCUAAUCCUGCCCUCACCCACACCUCCAUCACUUCUCAGCCUCCUGCAAUUAUUUUGACCCUCUCUCUGGUCUUUUUUGGAAGGAAGCUUCUGUCACUUCUCAACACUACCUGCCUGGAAAAACACACAGAGGCAAAACCCCCCAAGCCCCCCUGUGAAGGAAGAGGUCCUUUUUUUAAACCUCUUUUUGUUUGCUCUGACCCCAGAGCUUCAGACUCCAGCCUGAGCAACCACAUUUUCUUACCAUGUAUUCUCCUUUUAAACCAUCUCCUUCCUGCACACGCUCAGUCCUUGCAGGCACGAAUCUAACACAACUCCCCGCUUCUCGCCGGCAGGUUCUUUGCUCCCCAUCACUCAGCUGAUCCUGAUCUUUUUUUCUCCUAUUCUCCCCACCCCAGGCACCGAGGUGUGUGUGUCUGUGUGUGAGUGUGCCUGUGUACAAGGGGGGGAGGUGGGGGAGCCUUUUUUUUUUUUUUUUCCUUAGUGGGGGAAUUUUUUCAAAGCAUCUUCAUUAUUAUUUUAUUUUGCUUCUCUGAUUUGGUGACUUCUCCCUCGGAGAUUUCUUUUCCAUGAAAAGGGGUUCUCAUUUGUGGCUGGCAUGGCAGAGUACAUCCCCCAUCCUCCCUCCACCUGGCCCGCAGGCCCACAGCCCCCUCACACUUCUGCCAUCUGCCCGCUGGAGCCUGUGGAUCCGGGGAUCUCGGAGCAACAAACACCAUCGGAGCAGCCACCGUCCUCUCUGGAGCUGGGUGAGGAUGAAGAAGUCACCUUACCUCCGGAUCCUGAUGUCCCCUACCCAGACUUGGCCCCAGUUGUCUUCUUCUGCUUGAAGCAGACCACCAGCCCACGGAGCUGGUGUAUCAAAAUGGUGUGCAACCCCUGGUUCGAGUGUGUCAGCAUGAUGGUGAUUUUGCUAAACUGUGUUACCCUGGGAAUGUACCAGCCAUGUGAGGAUAUGGACUGCCUUUCUGACAGGUGUAAAAUCUUGCAGGUGUUUGAUGAUUUCAUCUUCAUCUUCUUUGCCAUGGAAAUGGUCUUGAAGAUGGUGGCCCUGGGGAUAUUUGGCAAGAAGUGUUACUUAGGAGAUACCUGGAACCGCCUGGAUUUCUUCAUUGUCAUGGCUGGGAUGGUGGAAUACUCCCUGGAUCUCCAAAACAUUAACUUGUCUGCAAUCCGUACUGUCCGUGUCCUGAGACCCCUGAAAGCUAUCAACCGUGUGCCCAGCAUGCGUAUCCUUGUGAACCUGCUCCUGGACACCUUGCCCAUGCUGGGGAACGUCCUUCUUCUCUGCUUCUUUGUCUUCUUCAUCUUUGGCAUCAUUGGGGUGCAGCUGUGGGCUGGGCUGCUCCGCAACCGCUGCUUCAUGGAGGAGAACUUCACAUUACAAGGUGACAUUGUCCUGCCCCCUUAUUACCAACCAGAGGAUGAUGAUGAGAUGCCCUUUAUCUGCUCGCUGUCAGGAGACAAUGGAAUUAUGGGCUGUCACGAAAUACCCCCACUGAAGGAACGAGGCCAUGAGUGUUGUUUGGACAAGGAUGAUUACUAUUAUUACAAUUCAGUCCGGCAAGGGUUCAAUAUCAGUGGCAUGUGUGUGAACUGGAACCAGUACUACAAUGUGUGCCGCACUGGCAAUGCCAACCCGCACAAGGGUGCCAUCAACUUUGACAACAUUGGGUAUGCCUGGAUUGUGAUAUUUCAGGUGAUCACACUGGAGGGGUGGGUGGAGAUCAUGUACUAUGUGAUGGAUGCCCAUUCCUUCUACAAUUUUAUCUACUUUAUCUUGUUGAUAAUCGUGGGCUCCUUCUUCAUGAUCAACCUGUGCCUGGUGGUCAUCGCCACACAGUUCUCAGAGACCAAGCAGCGGGAACACCAGCUGAUGCAGGAGCAAAGGGCCCGGUACCUCUCCUCCAGCACCGUCGCCAGCUACAUGGAGCCGGGAGACUGCUACGAGGAGAUCUUCCAGUACGUCUGCCACAUCCUGCGCAAGGCCAAGCGCCGCAGCCUUGGGCUGUACAACAGCGUGCAGAGCUGGCGCCACGGCCACGUGCAGGAGUCUGGCGACGCCAAACCUGGCGUGAACAGGAAAAGCCAGAGGCACUACAGGCUUUGCCAGCAGCACAACUCUCUUGGCUGCCCUCCUCAGGGCUUAGUCCAGCCCAUUGCUGUGACAGCAACCUCUGAUCCCACCAACUGCCCCCGGUGCCACAGGGAAGAGCACGAAGCAUCCAGGCUCUCAGUCCUGGAUAGUACUGGAUCAGACCAGGAGGAUGAAGGAGGCGGUGAAGGGGAGGGAGAAGGCAGCCAAGAGGACCAGGGUGCCUCAGUACUGGAGGAGGUGGAAGAAGGAGGACGGCUGAAGCUCUGCCAUGAUGUGUGGCGAGAAGUGAGGGUCAAGCUUCGAGUGAUUGUGGAUAGCAAGUAUUUCAACCGUGGGAUCAUGAUUGCAAUCCUAGUGAACACCAUCAGCAUGGGCAUUGAGCACCAUGAACAGCCAGAGGAAUUGACCAACAUCUUGGAGAUCAGCAAUGUUGUCUUUACAAGCAUGUUUGCCCUGGAGAUGAUCCUGAAACUUGCUGCUUUUGGUCUCUUUGAUUACCUUCGCAACCCGUACAACAUCUUUGACAGUAUCAUCGUCAUCAUCAGCAUCUGGGAGAUCAUUGGCCAGGCAGAUGGGGGCCUCUCUGUGCUGAGGACAUUCCGACUCCUCCGGGUUCUGAAGCUGGUGCGUUUCAUGCCAGCACUGCGCCGCCAGCUUGUGGUGCUGAUGAAGACUAUGGACAACGUAGCCACCUUCUGCAUGCUCCUCAUGCUCUUCAUCUUCAUCUUCAGUAUCCUGGGAAUGCACAUCUUUGGUUGCAAGUUCAGCCUCAGGACAGACACAGGAGAUACAGUUCCUGACCGGAAGAAUUUUGAUUCCCUGCUGUGGGCCAUCGUCACUGUCUUCCAGAUCCUAACCCAGGAGGACUGGAAUGUUGUACUCUAUAAUGGCAUGGCCUCCACCUCACCGUGGGCUUCCCUCUACUUUGUGGCUCUCAUGACAUUUGGCAAUUAUGUACUCUUCAAUCUUCUGGUGGCCAUUCUUGUGGAGGGAUUCCAGGCUGAGGGUGAUGCCAACCGCUCAUACUCAGAUGAAGAUCAGAGUUCUUCAAACGUGGAGGAAUUUGAUCAAUUCCAAGAGGUCCAGGAAGGCUCAGAUCCCAAGCUCUGUGCAAUCCCUGUGACACCUAAUGGGCACCUGGACCCCUCCUUGCCCUCUUCCAACCCACCAGUGAUUUCUGGGGGAGUCACCAACUCUUCACGCAACUUACUGCAGCUUGACCAGAUUCAUGUUGCAGUUGGCUCCCGGAAGAGCAGUGUGAUGUCCCUGGGGAGAAUGACUUAUGACCAGCAGUCCUUGUCCAGCUCCCACAGUUCCCACUACGGUGCCCGGAGCCGCAGCGGAGCCUGGGGAAGCCGUCGCUCCAGCUGGAACAGCCUGGCCCGAGGACACAGUCUGAAACACAAACCUCCCUCAGCUGAACAUGAGUCCCUCCUGUCUGGGGAAAUGCACAAGGUGGCAGAUGGGGAGCCAGAUGGGACAGGAAGCAUGUUUCAUCAUCACCGGACACUCUCUCUGGAUUAUAAAGGCUCCUGUGACCUUCUGGAGUUGGCCUCGGUCCCUUCUGACCACAGAGUGACCCAUAAGCUAGGACCAUCACCUGGAGCCAGUGAGCAUCAGGACUGCAAUGGCAAAAUGCCCAGUAUUGUCAAGGAGAUCUUCCCAAAGAUGAACAACCACAAAGAACAGGGAGAGGAUGAUGAAGAAAUAGAUUAUAGCCUGUGCUUUCGCAUCCGGAAGAUGAUGGAAGUCUAUAAGCCAGACUGGUGUGAGUUACGGGAAGAUUGGUCCAUAUAUCUCUUUUCUCCACAGAACAGGUUUCGCCUCCUGUGUCAAACCAUCAUUGCUCACAAGCUCUUUGACCAUGUAGUGCUGGCCUUCAUCUUCCUGAACUGCAUCACGAUUGCUCUGGAAAGACCCCAGAUUGAGCACAGAAGCACGGAAAGAAUCUUUCUCACUGUGUCCAACUAUAUUUUCACAGCAAUAUUUGUAGCUGAGAUGACACUGAAGGUGGUCUCUCUAGGCCUGUAUUUUGGGGACCAGGCUUAUCUCCGCAGCAGUUGGAACAUCUUGGAUGGCUUCUUGGUCUUUGUGUCUCUCAUUGACAUUGUGGUCUCAGUGGCCUCUGCUGGCGGUGCCAAAAUCCUGGGGGUGCUGCGAGUGCUCCGGUUGCUGCGCACUCUACGUCCCCUCCGAGUCAUCAGUCGAGCCCCUGGUCUGAAGCUGGUGGUGGAGACACUAAUUUCCUCCCUCAAGCCCAUAGGAAACAUUGUCCUCAUCUGCUGUGCUUUCUUCAUCAUCUUUGGCAUCCUGGGUGUGCAGCUUUUCAAGGGCAAGUUCUACCACUGCCUGGGGGUUGACAUCAGGAACAUCACCAACCGCUCUGACUGCGUGGCAGCCAACUACAAGUGGGUGCACCACAAGUACAACUUUGACAACCUGGGACAGGCUCUGAUGUCCCUCUUUGUUCUGGCUUCCAAGGAUGGCUGGGUCAAUAUUAUGUAUAAUGGACUUGAUGCUGUGGCUGUUGACCAGCAGCCAGUGACGAACAACAACCCCUGGAUGCUACUCUACUUCAUCUCCUUUCUCCUCAUUGUCAGCUUCUUUGUGCUCAACAUGUUUGUGGGGGUGGUGGUAGAGAACUUCCACAAGUGCCGGCAGCACCAGGAGGCUGAGGAGGCGCGCCGGCGGGAGGAGAAGCGCCUGCGACGCUUGGAGAAGAAGCGAAGGAAGGCGCAGCGUUUGCCGUACUAUGCUACCUACUGCCACAUACGCCUCCUUAUUCAUUCGGUCUGCACCAGCCACUAUCUGGACAUCUUCAUCACUUUCAUCAUCUGCCUCAACGUGGUCACUAUGUCCUUGGAGCACUACAACCAACCUGUGUCCCUGGAGACCGCCCUCAAGUACUGUAACUACCUGUUCACCACGGUCUUCGUGUUUGAGGCAGUCCUCAAGCUGGUGGCAUUUGGUCUGCGACGAUUCUUCAAAGACAGGUGGAACCAGCUUGAUCUGGCCAUUGUGCUGCUGUCUGUCAUGGGCAUCACAUUGGAAGAGAUUGAAAUCAAUGCUGCUCUCCCAAUUAACCCCACAAUCAUCCGGAUUAUGAGGGUGCUGCGUAUCGCCCGGGUACUGAAACUACUGAAGAUGGCCACAGGAAUGCGAGCACUGCUGGAUACUGUUGUUCAAGCCCUGCCACAGGUGGGAAACCUUGGACUCCUUUUCAUGCUCCUCUUUUUCAUCUACGCUGCUCUAGGAGUGGAGCUCUUUGGAAAACUGGUGUGCAACGAUGAGAACCCAUGUGAGGGCAUGAGUCGCCAUGCCACCUUUGAGAACUUUGGGAUGGCCUUCCUCACACUUUUCCAGGUGUCCACAGGUGACAACUGGAAUGGGAUCAUGAAGGAUACCUUGCGUGACUGCAGCCACGAUGACCGGAGCUGUCUCAGCAACCUGCAGUUCAUCUCCCCACUGUACUUUGUCAGCUUUGUGCUCACAGCCCAGUUUGUCCUCAUCAAUGUGGUGGUAGCUGUGCUCAUGAAACAUCUUGACGACAGCAACAAGGAGGCCCAGGAGGAUGCAGAGAUGGAUGCUGAGCUUGAGAUGGAAAUAACUCAUGGGCUGUGCUCCCACAAGUCAGGCUCUCCAAAUUCAGGACAGAGAAAAGGAGCAGGGACAGGAGGAGGUGGUGGUAGAACAGAUCCUGAAGGACAUCUGUGCAUGAGAUGUUAUUCUCCAGCCCAGGAGAACUUAUGGCUGGACAGUGUCUCUUUAAUUAUUAAGGACUCCUUCGACGGGGAGUUAAUGAUCAUCGAUAACCUAUCGGGCUCCGUCUUCCAUCAUUACUCCUCGCCGGCCAUGUGCGAGAAGUGUAACCAUGACAAACAAGAGGUCCAGCUGGCUGAAAUGGAAGCGUUAUCCCUCAACUCAGACAAGUCCUCUUCCAUUCUUCUAGGAGAUGAGUCAGACAAUCAAAACUCUGCUCAGCUGAGUCCUAAGGAGAUCAAGCACAAUGGCCAGGACAACCCUGACUCCACUGGGGCAGACAGUCUGGGGGAAUGCCUGCUUCCAGCAUCCAGCGAGGAUGGCUCUGCAAACCCAGACAGUUACCUGUGUGAAAUGGAGAAUACUUCUUUCAACUCAGUUCAGUCCUGGCUAAAGCAUGAAAGUACCAAAGUCCCUCCUAGCCGCUUCUCUUCAGGUGCAUCUUCCCCUCUGUUACCUGUACCAACAGAAUUUUUCCACCCAGCCAUCUCUGCCACCCAAACAGGGCCUGAGGAAGUCUCGUGUCCACACAACCUUCCGAAGAUCUCUCUGCAAGGCCCAUGGGCAUCACUGAGAUCUCCAGGUGUGAACUGCUCACUUCUCUAUCAGUCCCCCGAGAGCGACACGUCGCUGGACAGCCGGAGCAGCGGCUCGGCCGGCAGCCUGCAGACCACGCUGCAGGACAAGCGCCUCAGCCUCAGCGACUCCCCGCAGUGUACCCUGGACCUGCCGGUGGCCCUGUGCCCCGUGCCUGCGGCGGGCAGCCAAAGACCCCCGGCAGCCCCCCCGUCCCCCGCCUCCCGCCGCCGGAGCCUACGCGGCCGGGGGAUCUUCAACCUGCGGAGCCUGCGCCGCCACCAGCGCAGCCACAGCAGCGGCGGCAGCACCAGCCCCGGCUGCACCCAACACGACUCCAUGGACCCUUCGGAUGAGGAGGGGGCGGGCAGCAGCCUGCGCGGGGGUGGCAACAACAGCGAGCCCUCGGAGACGCUCAGCAGCCUCUCGCUGACCUCGCUCUUCUCGCCGCCCCCCCCGGCGCUGACUCUGGUGAAGAAGUGCAGCAGCACCAGCAGCCUCCACGCCAGCCCCUCGCCCCGCCGCCCCGCCGCUCACCACGCCAAGCCCUUCUACACCGUUGACCCUCGGGGCUUCCUCUCGAUGCCCUCCUGGCUGACAGACUUCUGCAAGGACACCCCCUCGCCCAGGGAAGGAGAGGAGCCAGAUGGCCCCGGCAGACUGGGGACAGGGGACCGCAGCUCCGCGCUCCCUUCCGAGCUGGAGCUGGGCGACGGAGUAAGCAAGAGGAACAGAUGAGGGUCCCUGAGGUGCAGGGAGGGAGCAUUCGGCCGCUGGCAUGGGGAGCGUGUUUCACUAGCUUCUCCUUGUCGGCAAUUCUAAAGGAUUUGCAAGAAAAAGAAAACAGGCAAACAAAAAUUUAUAAAUAUAUAUAUACGUAAAUAUAUAUAUAUAUAAAAAUAUAUAUAUAUAAAAUAAAUAUUCUGGUACCGUACCUCAGAAGUCUGGGAGAGUGCAAGCAAU